GUGGAAACAUGGCGGCGGACUACCAACAAGGAGAUAGAACCUAGUAAACGCGACUGAAGCUGCAGGAGAGAGAAUUAACUGUUAGUCUUUUAGAGUUUUUUCUCUUAUAUUUCGCAUGAAGCAGUUUCCCUCUUAUUUCAGCCACAGGGACCGCGGUGAUGGAAGACGAGGAGAGGCAAAAGAAGCUAGAGGCCGGCAAAGCAAAGCUGGCUGAGUACCGCCAGAGAAAAGCUCACGCUGACUCCCAAAAGAAACAGAAGAAGAAGAAGAAAAAGAAGCCAGCGGAGGACUCGGAGGGAGAUUCACAGGGUAGAGUGGAGGUCGAGCCGGAUCAGUCUGAGGUCGGGAAGGAGGUCUCAGGUGGACGAGAUGAUGGAACACAAGAAGGGAAUAAAGACCCGCCCACCACGGAGUUUACGUUUGCCAGGACUCUGCGGAGUGGAGAGACUGUCAAGCAUGAUCAGACAUACACCAUAGAGCCAGAGAGUGAGGUGUCCACGACUGCUGAGGAUUAUUCCUCAGAGGUAAAUGGGUGCCAUGAUGAGAUGAUGACAGAGAGCCUAAUGAUGUCUUCUAAGGAUUUUAUCUGGGAGGAGGUGGAGGCCCUGCACCAGGUGACGAAGGGAGGCAGGAAGCAGGAUAUGGUGGAUGCACUUGCUGCCAAGACCCUGGCCGUAGAGGAGCUGAGUCGAGAGCUGGAAGAAAUCAGGGCUGCUUUUGGCACAGAAGGAGUACAGCAGCUUCAGGACUUUGAGGCUGCUCUGAAACAGCGAGAUGGGAUCAUCACUCAGCUCACAUCCAACCUACAACAAGCUCGAGAAGAGAAAGACGAGAUCAUGAAAGAAUUCCUGGAACUGACGGAGCAAAGCCAGAAACUACAAAUUCAGUUUCAGCAGCUGCAGGCGGGUGAGACGCUAAGGAAUACCAGCCAUAGCAGCACAGCUGCAGAUCUCCUGCAGGCCCGGCAGCAGCUCGUUCAGUACCAACAGCAGCUGGAGGAGAUGAACACGGAGGUCAAGAAGCAGCGGGACAGAAGCAGUGAGCAGCAAGAGUGCAUCGGUAAACUUCAGCACGAAGUCACGGAGAUGGAGAUGGCGGGCAGAAGAUCAGAAGAAUCCCUCACUCAAAGGAUAAAUGAAAAGGACGCUCUUAUUUCGGAACAAAAAGAAGUUAUUUUGAGUCUGGAGCAGUCCUUGGCAGAGUUUCGAACAGUGGAGGAGUCUUUUGCACAAAAGUUGGAGGAAAAGGAUCAGCUUAUUUCAAAGCAAAUAGCAAUAAUCAAAGAACACGAGCUGUCACUGACCCAGCUAAGAGAGGAGCUCACUCAUGUGGGAAGGACUGUGGAUGAGAGUAUAAGACACCAGUCUAAUGAGAAAGAUCUGAUCAUUGCAGAGAAAGAAAGAAUCAUUUCAGAAUGUGACUGCUCUCUUAAUCAACUCAAGGUUGAGCUGGAUACUUCAGCACAACAGCUGCUUGACCUCCAACAGCGAAUGUCUGCAAAAGAAUCAGAGCUUGAAAGAUGCAUGGAUGAGCUGAAAGGUACUAAUUCUGACUUGCAAAACUGUAGAAGUGAAAUAGAGAGUGUUAAAUUAGAAUUAGACAAAGAGCGGACAGAGUUUGAAAGCUGUAAGGCGGAACUUGCAGCUUCCAGGCAGAAAGAACGAAUGUCCUCUAAUGAAAUCAAGCAGCUCAUGGGUACAGUAGAAGACCUGCAGAAGCGUUGUCACAGGGGCAGCCUGUCUGAGAGCGACUCCAUCCAAAAAAUGCAGGAAGAGACGAAAAGGAAGCUGGACCUUCUCAGGGCAGAGCUGGAUGAGAUGUAUGGCCAGCAAAUAGUCCAGAUGAAGCAGGAGCUUAAUCUGCGGCAUGCGGCAGAAAAGGAGAAAAUGACUGAGCAGCAUCGCACUGAGUUGGAGCUCUUAAGAGCGCAGCAGCUGUCUCAAACUUCUGUAUAUAGUGCUGCUGAGGCAGAAACUCUCAAUGCAAAGAUUAAAGAGCUUCAAGAGACAUUAGUGCAAUCCAAAACGAUGCAUGAUAAAACCUUACAGGAGCUUAGCCAAGUCGCCCAAGAGAAGCUCAACCUGCAGGCCAAGGUUGAGGACCUUCUUUGUGAUCUUCGUUCUGCUAAAGACAAAGUGGAGCAGGUCUCCCACAGUCUUAUCUCUCAGGAAAGCCAACAAGAUGAACUGCAGCGCCUCCAGGAGACUAUUGACAAUCUGAAACAUGAGCUCUGGGACGCUCAGGAAGCGGCGUCAGAGGCAGAACUAAAACACGAGUCUGAAAUAACCAACUACAAGAUUAAACUGGAGAUGCUAGAGAGGGAGAAGGACGCAGUACUGGACCGCAUGGCUGAGUCGCAGGAGGCAGAGCUGGAACGCUUGAGGACGCAGCUUCUGUUCAGCCACGAGGAAGAGCUCACCAAUCUGAGGGAGGAAUUGCAAAGGGAGAAUUUCCAGAACACGGAAAAUCUUGUUAAUGAAGCUGCUAUCAAACAUGAGAAGGAGAUGGAAGACCUGCGCAUUGGUUAUAAUGAAAAGCUGCAUUUGUUACAAAAGGAGAAGACAAGUUUCGCCAUGGAGCGAGAUGAGCUUUUGCACCAGAUAAACGGGCUGAAAGAGGAUCUAAAGCUUGCCUUGCAGAGCUCCAAAGCUGAUGAGCUUGUCCAGCAGCUUCAGGAGCUUCAGGUAGAACUUGAAGAAUUGAGAAAGGGAGGAGAAGAUCGAGCCCGAAAGGAAAAAGAAAUUCAGAUGUUACUGAAAAAGAAAGAAGAGCUUGAAAACAACACAAAAGAAAAAGAACAAAGUUGGGAGUUGAAAAAGCAGACAUUGCUGGAGUCUAACAACAUUUUAAAAGAAGAGCUUGACUCAAAAAUUACAAAGAUUGACACACUUACUGCUGAGAUCAGUCAAAUGCAGCAACAAGUGACUGAGCUCAGUCAGGAAAUCGAAAAACAAAGGACUACUUUCUCAUUUGCCGAAAAAAAUUUCGAGGUGAACUAUCAGGAGCUGAAGGACGAGUACAAGUGUCUCAUUGAGGUGAAGACGCAGCUAGAAGAGAGGAUGCUGAAGCAGACACUGGAGUUCGAAAUGAAAAUUGCGAGCUACCAUUCACAGAUACAGGAGCUGGAGGAGAGCAGUAAAGGAAUCAAAAUGGGGGACACAAAUUCAGACAGCUUUGAGCAAGCUGUGAUUGAAAAGGAUAGUACUGAGUUAAUGGAGAAGCUUAAUGUUACUCUGAGUGAGAAGGAGAGCUUGGAAGUGAGGCUUUCCGAAGUUACAGAAAAACUGAUGUUUACAGAGAGAAAAGUGAAGCAACUGGAGGAAGAGCAGAUAAAAAUGAGAGAAGAAGAGGCAGAGGUCAUUGCCCAAAAUGAAAGCCUGAAGAGUGAGCUUGUAAAGGAGAAAAAGAUUAAGAGGGAGCAGACGAGGGGGAAGGAUGCUCAGAGAAAGUUCCAGCAAGAAGAGCAAGCUGUUGAGCCGGUUUUCUCUUAUGAGGAUCAUCGCCUUCAGAUUCAAUCUUUCCAAGAGGAGAUAAAGACUCUUCAGUCGCUCUUACAGGCGGCAGAAUCAGAGAGAGACAGCAUCCGAAAGAGCCUGGAGCUCCAGAGGCUUUCGGAGACUCCAUCUCCAGCAGCAGCAGCAACAGCAGCAGCAGUAGCAGCAACAGCUGAGUCCACAGGGGAGGGACCUGUUGAAGGACGAUCCUCCCCGCAAAAGUCUGCCGCUUCAGGGUCAAACCGGCGCAGGAGACGGCAGAGGUCGAAGCAGGAGCGCAAAGUGGGCAGCGCUCUUUCAGACUGCAGAGAAGAAACACAAAGGGAGGAGGAGGCAGCGGAGGAAGAGAGAGCUACAAGUGCUGCAGAGCCAGAGAUGCAGCCUCAGAUGCAGAGCCAGGUUAUGUCAUGCUCACCGGAGAGGGCCGGUAAGGAGGACUCCACAGACAGGCACCAGGGAGACGCAGGCAGAGACCACAUCAACAAACAGGUUAAAAGACAUGGAAGUGGCCAGCCUGCUAGAAGUCAGGAUGCAGAAGAAGAGGGAGAGACGAACAAGCAUGGUGAGUGCAGGCUGCAGAUGGAGGCCCAGCGCAUCAGCCUCUCUCAGAUCCAUGCCGCCCAGCUGGAGCUGUUGCAGGAGGAGACGGACGCCCUCACAAACUCUCUACAGCUGAAACUGAAAGACCAGAGAGACAGGGAUGAGCCAAAAAUCAAAUGCCACAACAUGUUGCAAGCUGUGUCAGAAGAAUGCAGUGAGAUUAUUCAGUGUUUUCAAAGGAUUUUUGGUCAAGAUUUUUUGGAGAGUGUUGGGAUUCAGCCAUCUUCCUCAUUGGACAGACCAGAAACUAGUGAAUCCACCUCUGUUUUACUGGAUGCUCGAGAGCUCUACAGAGAUCUUCAGCAGGUACGGGAGAGGAUAGAGCAGGAACAUCUUCGACUGUCACAGCUCCAGACCCUGUUGAGGGCUGAUGGAAACAAGAUGACAGAGCUGCAGAUGGCUUUUGAUGAACUAAAGAGCAGCAGCGAGAGUGAGAUCUCUCACCUGCGUGUGCAAGUAUCCAGCUUAAACUCUUCUAGCAAAGAUCUAGAGGAGCAUGCUGGUGCAUCACCCUCCAGUUUGACCGAGGAGGUGCAGAGGCUUAAGGCUGCCGAACAGAAGAAGCAGCUCCAGCUGGAGGAGAGUCACAAACAGGAGGUCGAACGUCUGCGAGCUCACUACAAGCAGCAAGCUGCAGAGACGGAGGAGAGAUACCUCACUGAGAUCUUGGUGCUGCAACAACGACUGCAGGAGGUCACAGGGACAGAGAUCCACUUCAGCUCCACUGAGUCCAGCUCACUGAAGAGUGAAGAGCACAGGGAGGAGCCAGCAAAGGACCAGGCUGAAGGAGACUCAUCACAGGGAAGCGCAGAGUUACACUGGCCAGGCCGGCCUGUGGGCCUGACGACGCAGCUGCAGGCGCUGAGGAAGGCUCUCUACCAUAAGUAUGUUCAGGAAGUAGCCGCUCUGAAAGAGGAGCACAGCAAGGAGCUGAGGAGACUGAGAGAGGGGAAGGAAGAGGAGCCGGGAAGAGAGGAGCGUCAGGGAGAGAUAGGAGAGAAGGAGCAGGGCGUGCUCGGUGUGAAUGGGGCAGGGAGCUCCGUCAAGAGCCUCGGGGCAGCUGCACUGGAAGAGAAACAAGACUGGGAGAGAGUAGAGGAGGAAGUCGCCAAGGUCAUAGUGCAGAUGUCCGUGGAGUUCGCACAGCAGACCGAGCUGGCUCGAAUCAACAAGCGUGCCUGUCAAACCAACACCUCCAUGCAGACCCAGCUGGACGAAGAGGAGCUGGAGGAGCAGGACAACGAUGAGCAGACUCCCGUUUGUUCUCCUGGCUGGAUACAUGAUCUGGAGAAGGAGCGGCUGGAGAGGGAGCUGAGGGAGAGGAACGCAGAGAUCAGGAUGUUAAGAGAGGAGCUGCAGAAAAACAGAGCCGGGCUCAAACAGACAUUGAAGACUCGAGGCGGUGGUGGAGAGAAAGUUGAGGAGGAAGAUCCAGGGGGACCAAGAAUAAGGCAGGCUGCUGGAAGCAGACUUUUCUCCCAGGAUGAUGGAGAGUCCCCUGAAAAAGAGACAGAAAGAAACGUUUUGCAUAAGGCAAACAAGACACUCAGUCAAGUUCUCGUUGACGUCCUGAAGACUACAGCAGCAGCAGAAGAAACGAUGGGCCUCCACAUGAAGAGUCUGCGAGACGCCUCAAGGGGAGGGCAGCAGGGCUCACCACCACUCUCCACACCAAGAGGUCAGUCGGGUGCAGAUGAAGGGAGUUUGUGGUCCGAGGAGACGGAGGCUGAAGAGGGUCUGGAGCUGUCUCAGCAGAUGAUCGACAGCCUGCUGUUAGGGGCGGGGACACAACUGGAGAACGAAGAAUACCUGAUGGGCAUCAGCAGCCGACUCCAGACCGCUCUGAAGAAGAUGUUGAUGGCAAUCACUGACACAACCAACCAGCUCGAACAUGCCCGGAUGACCCAGACUGAGCUGAUGCGAGAGUCCUUCCGCCACAACCAGGAGAUGAAUGAGCUGCUGCAGAAGCAAGAAGAGCUACAGGACAGGCUGACUGAGGAAGCCCGAGCACGAGAACAGCUCGCUCUAGAGCUCCACCGCGCUGAGGGUUUGAUUGAUGGCUAUACAGGCGAGCGGGCCGCGUUGGAGGAGCAGUUGCGCCAGAAGGAAGAGCUCCAGCUGAGCCUUGAGCAAGAGCUGCAGGUGACAGGUAGCAGACUGCACGAGUUAGAGCAGGAGAGGCUUCAGAUGCAGGAGGAGCGGGAGCUGCUGUCACGGCAACAAGACGCUAUGAAGGAGAAUGCCGGGGCUCGUGAGCUACGCCUAGUUGAAGCUGCAAUGGUUGCAGCACCUGAAGCAGACCUACUCGAGGAGACAGAGAAGCUGAUGAAAGAGAAGGUGGAGGUCCAGCGUCAGGCAGAGAAGGAGAACGCUGACCUCCUGAAGCAGGUGAAGCUGCUGGAGGUGGAGCUAGAAGAGCAGGUCAACAAGGUGAUCGAGCUGGAGCACGCUCGGAGGAUAGAGUGCGGGGACCUCCAGCAGCAGAUCCAGGCUCUGGAGAAACAGCUGGAGAAGAACAGGAGGUUCCUUGACGAACAAGCUGUGGACCGGGAACAUGAGAGAGAUUUCUUCCAGCAGGAGAUCCAGAAACUGGAAAACCAGCUGAAGAAUCCUCAGAAGCUUCAAGCUGGCUCGGAGCAAAGAAACUUAGAGGUGGAGCAGCUGACCUCCCAGCUGAAGGAGAAGGCGGAUUGGUGCAGUGAGCUGCUGCUCAGCUCCGAGCAGCUGCGUCGUGAGUUGGGAGAGCGCGACGAAGAGAUUGACAAGCUGGAGAGCCGCAUCCGCGAGCUGGAGCAGGCCCUGCUGGCCAGCGCUGAGUCCCUGGAGAAGGUUGAACAAAAGAAGCAGCAUGCAUCCGUCUCAGAGGCAAAACAGUCCACACUGGAGGCUCAGCUACAGACCGAGAGAGAAGCUCUGGAGCGGAAAGAGAAGGAGAUCUGUAACCUUGAGGAGCAGCUGGAGCAGUUCAGAGAGGAGCUGGAGAACAAGAGUGAGGAGGUUCAGCAGCUCCACAUGCAGUUAGAAAUCCAGAGGAAGGAGAUCAGCAGCCAGCAGGAAUACCUGGAAACAAGGGAUGGCAUGCUCCAGGUGAUGGAGGAGAAGGACAGGGAAAUAGCACUUCUUAAUGAACAGAUCUCUAAGCUCCAACACACGGAAACAGCUUCUGAUAACAAGGAAAUUGAUCAGAGAGAUGAGCUGAUCAAAGACUUGGAGUCCCAGGUAGAGUGCCUGCGGAGCGAGCAAGAGCGCUUGAAGAGGAACAACGAGGAGGAGCUCGACCAGCUGAAUGCAGUCAUAGAUAAACUUCAGCAGGAACUGGCAAAUAUCGAGCAGAAGCAGACAACCGAGGAGGAUGAGGACAUUAAAGCUGAGCCAGACAGCUCUACAUGGGGGCCAAACAAAGAGGAAUAUGAUGAAAUGAAGCAGAGAACAGACCAGGCCACCAAAGAGCUUGAUUCACUCAAAGCAGAGCACACUAAGCUGUUAGAGACAUACCUGCGUUUGAAAGAAAGCGCGGAAGCCUUAGCAGAGACAGAGCUGGAGAGUUCAGAGGUGGAGCUAGAAGAAGCUCUCAGGGAGAAAACAGCCGGCCUUGUUGUCUUCCAGGCUCAGGUUCAAGCUUUAGAGCAGAGCGCAACAUCCAGAGUGGAGGAGCUGGAUCUGCGUAUCCGGGAGCUUGAGAUCGUGGUCAAUGAAAAAGACAGUGAGUUGAGCCGAUGUCGCCUCCUCAUGGAGCAAACACAAGACCAUGCGGACUCUCUGCAGGAGAGGGUCUCUGGCCUGGAGAAGAACCUGAGAGAGAAGGUGGCUGCAGCGCUGGUCAGCCAGGCCACACUGGAGGCCUUUCAGCAACAGCAAACACAAGACCCCAAAGAUAACCAGGACCAGGAGAGACAAGCCGAACCUCAUGUCUAUGACUUUGGAGACUUUGGUAUUCCUAAAAUGGAUUUCAGUAGGAUUGGUCAAGCAGGCCAGACUCCUGCAGGAAAGGUGGUCCAUCUGACGCAGAGGCUGCGGGAGCUGGAGGUAGGACUGAGUGGGAUGCAGAAAGACCAGGAGCUCCAGAAGCAGCUGCUCUCCAGCUCGGAGGAGGAGGUACUGGAGUAUGAGAAGAGGCUGUCUGUGCUCAUGGAGCUGCUCAGUCAGAUGAAGGCCAAAGCGCCACAGAGGACUUCACCUGCUGGAGGGGCAUCCUCUGCCGAGCAGCCGUCUGUGUCAGAAGUUCUUCAGGAACUGCAGGACGUCCGAGACGAGGCCUCAGCCACCAAAGAGCAGCUAGAAAACUACAAGGAAAGCUGCAGCAGACUGCAAGAAGAGCUCCGAGAAAAAACUGUUUCAGUAGAGAAACUGCAGGAGCAACUUCAAAAGGUGUCCUCUGGAGACAGUGAGGAGAACAGGGUGUUAAAACAGGAGCUAAAAGAGGCUCAAAAUGAGGCGGCUGCCACCAAAGAGGAGCUGAGCAGCUGCAAGGAGAGCAUGGAGAAGCUUCAGGAGCUACUGAUGGAGCGGGAAAUGACCAUUGCUCAACUUAAAGCAGAACUUUUUGAAGUAAAGGCUGACGAAGACCAGUCUGACUCUGCAGAGCUUCACCAGGAGCUGGAGAACGUCAGAAAAGAUGCAGCCUCCACCAAAGAAGAACUGAACAGCUCCAGGCAGCAGAACAAAAAACUUGAGGAGGAUCUCAAAGAGCGUGACGUUUCCAUUUCAAACCUUAAGGAGGAGCUCCAGGAGGUAAGAAAGAAUUUGGAUUCCACCAAAGAAGAAGUCAGUGGCUACAGGAAGCACAAUGAGAAACUACAGGGCGAGCUCCAGGCCCGUGAAGUUUCCAUAUCUAAGUUGCAAGAGGAGGUGCAGGAGGCAAGAAAAGCUUUGAUGAAAACAACGGAUGCUGGUCCUCCUUCUCCUUUGCCCUCUCCGUCCUCUCAGCCUCUCCUCUCUGCUCCCUCCUCCUCUUCUUCCUCCACCACCCAGCCUAAACGGAAAGGAAGCAAACAGCCAACCGGAAAGGGAAGCAGCGCCAAAGACAAACAGUCUCUCUCCAGAAAGACAUCCGCCAGCUCCAGCCAGUCAUCCAACAGAUCUCACAGCGCUCGUCUGAGCAGCAGCUCGGAGCAGCAGCAGGUGGACGUCACUCACUCAUUCACGCAGACCGAACCUCUCAGAGCCUCUGAUUUUGGUUCUGAAGGAAUAUCUAGAACCAAAGAAGAGGUGGAGGAGGUGAUCGGAGAGUUCCAGGAGAAGAUUGUCCAGAUGCAGGAGCUCCAUGCAGCGGAGAUCCUAGACAUGGAGGCCCGGCACAUUUCAGAGAGCGAGAGUCUACGCAGGGACGCACAGGCUGCAGAGGACGAGUGUAAGGCGUUGAAGGCUGUCAUUGAAAAACUGCGCUCUACAGAGGCCCCUACAUCGAGACAAGACCGUCCCACACACCAGUUCAAAGAUGGCUACACAAGUGACAGCAGCUCCGAUUACAGCCAGCGUACUGGGUUUGAUGUGCCGAGCUUACAGCAGGAGUUUAGGACAACUCCUGAGGGAGCGAGGAGAGAAACUGAUGAUCCACUGCCUGACAGGAUCAAGACGCUGCUCCGCGAGGUUCACCAGGAGGGCAUGCAGGUGCUCUCUCUGUCUGAGCUCCCUGUCUCUGAGGGUGAGCCAGGCAGCCAGUUUAACAUGCAGGGCUGGGUGAAAGAAAGAGAUGCCUUACUGGCAACUGUAGAGUCUCUGAAAGGCCUCAUCACACAGAUGCAGACACACAGAGACACACAGACGUCAGGAAGUGUGGACUGGAGAGGGGAUUUGCUAGAUGCGGUGCAGCAGGUGUUCAUGAGGGAGCGAAGCGUGCUCAAGAGCACCCUCUACAGCCAGCUAGACCUUCUGGACACCAACGAUGCUAUCAUCCACCUCAAUCAGCUGGAGCGCAGACUGGCUGAACAGGACGUUCAGCACAGAGAAGCGAUGGACUCUCUCCACACUGCAGACCGGUCCAGUCUCUUUUCUGAAGUUCAGCAGCUCCGUAGCCAACUAGAGCAGUUUUGCCAAGGUUCCCAGUCUGCUGCAUCACUAGGUGUUGCUGAGCGUAGUGGAGGAGGAGUUCUUGGAGGAGCAGAGGCUGACAGGCUGCUGGUGGAGGAGCUGAAGGCUGAACUGUCUCAAACUAAACUGGAGCUGGAGACGACGCUGAAGGCCCAGCACAAACACCUCAAAGAGCUGGACACUCUUAGGGCUGAGGUAUCACAGAAAGCUUCUGAAGUGGACAUGAUGAACGACCAGCUGGUGGAGGAGAGGAAAAAGAGCAGAGAUCUGCAGUGGGCCAUGGAGAAGGAAAAGUGUCGAACAGGAAGAAAAGAGGAUAGUAAACGAGAAGAAUUGGAGGACAUGUAUCUCAAUUUGGAGGAGCAGAAGAGCCGAGUAGCUGAGCUGACCCAGACCCUCGAUAAGGAGCGUCAAGCUUCCUCUCAGAUCUCCCAGCAGGCUGAGCAGGAGCGUCUAAGCCUCCACAGACGUGUCCAGGAGCUCCAGGUACAGCUUGAAACAGAGCGAGCGAAGGUCCUAGAGAUGACCACGGCACUGGGGAGGGAAAGGGAGCUGCGGACGGGAGUCUCAACGGACAGCGGACCCUCCAACGAGGCCGAGGAGGAGAGGAGAGGUCUGGAGGAGGAGGGGACUCUACUGGAGAGACUGCAGAGGGAGCUGGAUGACAAACAUGCACAGGUGGUGCAACUCCUCAGUCAAUUGGAGGCCCAGAAGCUAGAGGUAGUUAGAAAGGAGGGGGAGCUGACUUUGGGGAGUCAGAGGUCAAGACGGGAUCAGGAGGCGCUGCAGGAGGCUCAGGCCAAACUGGACAGACUAGAAGCACGAAUGUCUGAAACCCAGGAGCAGCUGGAGAGAGAGACUGAGAGGAGGAGGAGUGUGGAAGAGGAGAAGGAGAGACUGGAGGAGAGGCUGAGCACACUAGGAGGGCAGAGAGGAGCUGAUAGCCACAGUCCGGCUGUCUGGCGUAGUGAGCCCACUGACCGCACUAAAGACUGGGUGUUCCAGCAAAAGAGCGGGAAUGUUCAAUCAGCGUCCCCCCACCACCUGGAAGCCUCUACAGCCGGCCACAAGGUCCUGGGAAAACUCCACCUCAUUUCCUCAAAGAUCCGUAGCAUGGCAAGCAAGAACACUGGGAGGAUGACAGCAGAAGUGGAUGCUGAAGACUUAUCCUGGGUUCAGUCCAAUAUCGAUGAGGUCAUCAAUAUGCUGCAACAAUCGUCAAGUCUCCCCUCUGUCCCUGAGAGUGUGCCCCUGCUGGCAGCAGGAUCCUCCAGCUCCUCCAACACACUGACGGAGCGGCUGCUGAGACAGAACGCCGAGCUGACGGGAUUCGUCAGCCGUCUGACUGAAGAGAAGAAUGACCUGAGGAACCACACACUGCGCCUGGAGGAGGAGCUCCGACGGUACAGACAGGCUGGACCAGGCUCAGGCGAAAGUUUCAGCAGCAGGAGAGUGUCGAAGGUGGACUCUACAGGUUUGAUGCUUUCUCAGGAGCGAGAAGCUUGGAGCAGAGAGAAGAUCCGCCUGGAGAAAGCUUUACAUUUGUCCCAGGCUCAAGUGGCCCGGCUCAGGGGAGAGAUCAGGACUGAAACCCUGAGAGAGAUAUCCGGUCCUGAGGCUGACAAUGCUGCACUAAAGAGGAUGUACGGGAAGUACUUGAGGUCAGAAAGCUUCCGCAAAGCUCUCAUCUACCAGAAGAAGUAUCUGCUGUUACUACUGGGUGGCUUCCAGGAGUGUGAGGAGGCCACGCUGUCACUCCUCACCAGAAUGGGAGGACGGCCGUCCAUCUCCAGUCUGGACUCCCUCAGCCAGCGCCGCAGGGGGCUGAUGCGCUUCCGCUCUGCUGUCCGAGUCUCUAUCGCCCUCUCCAGAAUGCGUUUCCUGGUUAAACGAUGGCACAAAGCAACAGGAGUGAGCUCCGCAAGUCCCUGCAGCAUUAGCAAGAAUGGAGCAGGUCAAAUAGGUUCAGAGGUGAGAGAUUCUCCGUAUCUCCACCCAGGCAGCGUAGAGAUGUACAGAGACAGAGGUGGAGGAGGAGUCUCUAGCAGCAGCAGGGGGCGGAGUGGACGAGAAUCACCAAGAUCAGCUUCAGCUGUCUCCUCCACACACCACAGGUUCCACAUGGCUGGAGACCCUGGAGCUCUCACCUGCUCCCACCUGCAGAACUACGACCCCGACCGAGCGCUCACUGACUACAUCUCCAGACUGGAGGCGCUCCAGAGGAGGCUAGGGAGUGUGACAUCAGGUGCUUCUUCGUAUGCUCAAUUGCACUUUGGCUUAAGAAGAUAGAUGCCGUCGAGAUAUUUUGGCUUGAAGAAACUCAGUUGCCUUUUCUCGUGCUGAGCGCUCUGCUGUUUUCUAUCAGUCAGAUGUGGACUGUUUCUCUCCAUGUGGACCAAAACCCAUUUUUUUAAUAGUGUACGACAUGUUGUAUUCAGGCUCUUUGUUGCCAGCACUUGAAAAACAGCUAUGUUUGUAAUUGAAUCUGCCUCUCUGUUGUGGAUGAGCUACAAUCAUGUAUAUUUGUCUAAUGCUAAUUUAAAACCUUGUGAUUAAUUUAUAUGUUUGUGUGGUAUGGGUGGAGCGUUAUGUAGAGAAUGUUUGGGUUUCUUGUUAAGGAGGCUGCUGCUGGAUGUUCUACACUACACUGUGUUUUGUUUAGGCCAGAGUGACGACAGAGGACAUUUGUAGAGAACGUAUUUUUGUAAAGUGUAGGAGCUUUCAAUUUUCUGGGUAUUUUGACAAAAACUGAAAUAAAGAGGACUAC